UCUGUUGUUAAUCAUGACACCACCUACCUCAACAAGAAGCACUCUUGUUUUACUGUUUUGUCUGUUUUUUACAUUUCUACACGUCAACGUUAUUGGUUAUAACGGUCAGAAGUGUAACAGUAAUUUUUACGAGAAGCCCAGUCAGAGAAUCCUAAGAUGUGAACGCUGCAAUCAAGAGUGUUCUGAGGAUAAAAAUGAGGAGGAAGUUACUCCAUGCACUCAGAACAGCAAUAGAGUUUGCUUCUGUAAACCAGGUUUUUAUUGUACUGGAAGAAACGAUUAUGAAACAUACUGCCAUAAACCAUGUGUUCCCUGUGGAAAAGGCACAUUCUCCAGCAAACCAUCUCUGGAAGACUGCAAUCCUCAUACAGAUUGUGCUCGGUUGGGAAUGAUAAUGCUCAAAGAGGGCACAGCGACACAGGACAGAGAGUGUAUGAAUGUCACAACAGUGAUGCCAGCCUCGUUCACUACCACCACUUUUAAUAGCACUUCCAUCCCCAUGACAGGGGUCACUGCACAACUCGUAGACACGGCAGAAGAAAUCCAGUCCCAUUGGUUGCUGCUAUUAAUCUUAAUGUUGAUAAUCUUGUUCAUGGCUGGAUUCUGUAUUCUGAUGAAAGACGUGGCAAAGAAAACCCUUUUUAAAUGGUUUGGUUUUAUAAACAGACAACAUGAAGAUUAUCAACCCUGGAGUCAAACUGCAGCUGACAAUAAAAUUUUGUCCAAUUCCCAAUCCCACACCUUGAAGACCAAAAUACCAGUCGGCAGUGGUGGCAGAGAGGUCAAAGGUCAGAGUACGGGGCCGAUGCCCCAAUCUGGGACUGUGCAGCAGGUCACAAUGGAGCACAAUGGGAAGGGUGAGAACGUCAGCAAUACUGUUGGGUCCAUCUACAUCUACUCUCCUGGAAUGGUGAUUUUGGGCUCCAACUCGAGUGAUAAAAAGGAAGAGGCAGGACUUUGCGAAGAAGGCGUUCCCCUCAUCAGCAGACCGCAGCAAGAGUCAAAUCCACCCUCGCAAGAGGUCAGAAUCAGAAUAAGCGCACAGGAAGAGGCUGAGGAGGAACUGAGCUUGAGUUUUCCUGUGCCGGCAACUGAAAAGUGAGAACUCGAACAUGUGGUUUCUUGCAUGAACUUCAGAAUGGCGUUCAGGAAGAUUCCAGGUUGAAUCACAAGGCUGAAAAGUCACAAGAUGCCAGAUUUCAGAUUCCUGGUAAAGCAUGGCAUCAGCAAUGCCCAAGUCAUGGUUUCAGUUCCAGAUAAACAUGCACGCUGACUAAAUGUACAGGCUACCUUGAUUGCACUGUAUGUCAAAUACCGAAUGCACAGAUGUACCAGAUGGAAAACUCUGAGUAAUGAUUUUAGCUUUUUUGCGCAUCAAGAAAAAGAUUUAUGCUUAAUUUAAGUUAGUCAGUUUUUAUAAAUGCACAUGUCUGAAUUGCUGCUGCAGCAAAACUGGGACAAAAACAAGCAUGAAGACUGUGCACAGGAGGUACAGACAAAAGAAGAAAAACACCCUCAAAGGUGUUAGGAGUUUUCAUAACGUGUGUCCUAUAAGAUAUAGGCAGUAUAAUUGAAACGCACAUGGUGUGUAUGAAUUGUUUUAUUGUUUAAGUGAGUGGUCGAGAACCUAACGACUACAUCUAUAUGUUUCUAAACAGACUUUUGCUCUACCGUGUGGGUGUUUCAUAUGCAUGUCUAAAAAAUACCCAACCUCACCUUCGGAAAGAAGUGUCUGAUUUGACUGUUGUAGGAGGUCGAGUCGGGACGGACUGCGUUGACCCUGCAACCUUUACAGAACAUGAUCAAAAUGACAUUUCUAGUGUUGCAGUAGAAGAUGCUUCAUACAUCUCAGUCACAUCCUCCAUUCACUUGAGCUUGUGUCAUUUUGCUUGUUUUUUUUGUUUUUUUGUAAAUUUGUCAAUGAAUGUGUUCUGAUGCUUUAUUAACAUGAAUUCAAUCAAAUCCAUUCCUUCAACAAUUACAGAA